AUGCAGGCAUCAACAGAGGAAGAGCUGGUGGCCGAUUUUUCGCCAAUCGCAAUGGUCCUGGCUUUUUCGGUUUCGCCGGUACCCCCGAUCAAGGAGGCUUUUUUGAUCAAAGUAACCGAGGUGGCCCUGGCGGUUAUCGAGGUGCUCAUCGGAUGGGGUUCCGGAUUUGCAACCGAUCCGCGCAUGUUUUCGUGGGUGACAGAUCCAUUCUGCAACUCGAAUCCCGGAUUUCCGCAAGGAUGCCUUCAGCCACCUAGCGCACCGCUUCUCUUCAACGGCGACAACAUUGGUCCAGUAAAAACCGAUCAUGGAGGAGACCGUCCAAAGCCAUACUAA